UGAGCCUAUAGGUGGGUGUCACCUCCUCUUUCCUCUUUCGAUGCCGCGCCCCUUCCCAUGCACACGGCAUCUUCCAGGAAGAAACCCCGGAGUAAAACGAGUCCAGCGGUGAAUUAACUGCCUCUGUGAGCUUUUCAAGAGGAUUUUCACUGCUUUCCAUACUCAUAUGCUGCGGUUUGGAAAGAGGGACAGUCAACAUGCUGAUUAAAGAGUUCCGAAUUGUCCUGCCCAUUUCAGUGGAGGAGUACCAAGUGGGUCAGCUGUAUACAGUAGCAGAAGCCAGUAAGAGUGAAACAGGUGGGGGAGAAGGUGUGGAGGUGUUGGCCAACGAGCCCUAUGAGAAGGAUGGAGAGAAGGGACAGUACACCCACAAGAUCUACUACUUACAGAGUAAAGUGCCAACUAUUAUCAGUAAGCUCGCUCCAAAAGGUUCGCUCAAGGUUCACGAGGAGGCCUGGAAUGCAUAUCCUUACUGUAAAACCGUUCUUACUAAUGAAUACAUGAAGGACUUCUCUAUUAUGAUCGAGACGUGGCACAAGCCUGAUAUGGGGGAUCAGGACAAUGUACAUGGACUGGAGAAAAGCAAAUGGGAAAAAACGUCGAUAGUUGACAUUGACAUUGCUGAUAGAAGUUCCAUCAGUUCAAAGGACUACAACCCAGAUCAUGAUCCGGCCAUCUUUAAGUCGGUGAAGACCGGCAGAGGGCCUCUGGGACCUGAGUGGAAGAAAGAACUCGCCAACAACCCCAGCUGUCCACACAUGUGUGCCUAUAAGCUAGUCACCGUUGAAUUCAAGUGGUUCGGACUACAGGGCACUGUGGAAAAUAUCAUUCAAAAGGUGGAGAAGCGUGUCUUCACCCACUUCCACAGAGAGCUGUUCUGCUGGAUCGACAGAUGGAUUGAUCUGUCGAUGGAUGACAUACGACGGAUGGAGGAUGAUACAAAGGAAGAGCUAGAUAAGUUGAGGGCGGCUGGGGAAGUUAAAGGCAUGGGAGCUGUUGACAAUGACAACUGACUUGCUAACCCAAUCACUCUCUGAUACAGGAGCAUUUGACUUCAUUGAGCAAGCUCAGACUCUUCUCCUCGGACACUAGACCUAGAACAGCUUGAUAGGCAUAAUCAAGAAUACCAUACUUACAUUCUAAUAAAAUUUGCUCUUAAUAAGAGCUUGUUACUGUAAAGCAAUUGUGUGUAUUUACCUACUCCAGUUGAAUACAACUAUAGAAGCUUUUAGUUUUUUUUAGGAGACACGUUUGCAAGUUGGGGAAUCCAUUUUGAGGAUGGCGUGUUCUUGCUUAUGUCUAUUGGGUUGUCAUUUUAAAACAUUAGGGGAAAGGUGUGGGUUAUCUCUAAGGAAACAUUUCUGAUUACUGUUAUCCUUUUUUUUUUAAAUUGCAGUUAUUUGGGUUUUGUUCUUUUUCUUGAUUUUGUAUUUUCCGUUCCUCCGUGAUUUAUUGGUUGUUUUUAUUUAUUGUUUAAAAUGGUGUAUCCUGUCUACAUCUGCAGGAGCUCCAGGCACUAGGAACCAAUCUUAAAAUGUGCACUUUGCUCGGUUUUGGCAAAUUGUAAGUUCCUCCGUCCACCUGCAUCUCAAGUAAUUUGAUUUAUCAUAGCAUGGAGGCUGGAGUAUUGCAAAAACAAUCGGCUUAUAAUUUCUGUAAAAACUAUUACAUAUGAGGUAUUUACUUUGAAAAGACUCCAUCUGAGGAAUUUAAUACACUUUGAGUAGUCUGGUGCUGUUUUUCAGGUGAUCGGUUAGGCUCCAUAUAAAGACGCCUGCUGCUGUUUCGUAAUCAGCUUUGAUGAUGAUAAUAUAUAGAAACCUGAACUCUGUGCAUAUUUCAAAAUAAUUGAGAGGUUAUGCAUUUCUGUCUUGAGUAAAAAAGUUUGGCCUAUUCAUUGUAAGUCUUGUCCUGUGUUGAAUGAAAUAACCUGGAUUUUAACGUUGUGAUUUACAUGAUUGUGUAGUAAAUUAAAGACAAUUGAAUUGUU